UUUAAAAAAUGAAAAGAAAGAAAAAAGAAGAAAAUGUCUGAGUACCUAAUUUAAUGCAGAAAGUUCUAGGUUGAACCGAUGUCGUAGUGAAGCCAGAGACUUUAAAGUUUAAAUCCUCGAUAAACUUCUCCAACUCAAUUUGAGAGUUUCUACUCAUUUUAAGAGACCCCCAAAUCCAAUGGCGCUGUUAGCCACCAGGCGCAUAUUAGCUUCCAGCAUUUACCGUGCACUCUCUUCACCCCCUUCAUCAUCAUUAUCUCGAUUUCGUUUUACUCUUCCCCUUUUCUUCAAUCCCCAGUACUUCCCAUCAUCAGAGCAAUUCGUUCCCACUCGUCCCAAGUCAUCCGGGUCGGGUUACUCGCCCCUCAAUGAUCCUUCACCGAACUGGAGCAACCGGCCGCCGAAGGAGACGAUACUUUUGGAUGGAUGUGACUAUGAGCAUUGGCUGAUUGUGUUAGAGUUUCCUGACCCUAAACCCUCGGAGGAAGAAAUGAUUAAUGCAUAUGUCAAGACCCUUGCUGCCGUUGUCGGAAG